AUGGCCCCGCCGCGGAAGAAGAAAUCCCGACAGCCCGCUCCUACCAACAUACUCGCCCUCGGCGACGACCUCCUGCGCGAGGUGUUCCUCCGCCUCCCCUCCCUCCCGAGCCUCAUCCGCGCCGCUCUCGCCUGCCCCGCCUUCCUCCGCGCCGUCCGUUCGUCCCCCGCCUUCCGCCGCCGCUUCCGCGACCUCCACUCGCCCACCAUCCUCGGCGCAUUCCUCGUCGACGACGACGACACCCCCAUGUCCACCUUCGCGCCCCUCCGCCUCCGCGACCGCCGCUCCGACCCGGACCACGCCGCCGCCCUCCGUGGCCUCGAUGCCUUCCUUACCCGUCUUCCCCAUGCUAUCGGUGUCAAAAAGCACGACGGCGAGGUCGCUCAAGACGAAGACGAAGAAGAUGUCGAAGACGAGGACGGCCCCGUGGCCGAGUGGUCAAUGUCUGCGUGCUGCGAUGGGUACGUCCUUCUCGUCACGCCGCAAUGGAACACCAAGAAGGUGGCCGUCUACGAUCCCCUCACAGGCGCCCUGCAUCUCUUCCCCGGCCCGCCCCAUGAGGUGUUCGGCGGACAAUCAGAAUACACUGCUGAGUUCCACGUGAUCCCCUCCGAAGCGGACGACCGGUCGUUUCGCCUGCUCUGCGUCCCCAAGAAACACUGGGGAAAGCAGAUCGCCGUCUUGUCACCGGACACCAGGGAGUGGCAGAUUGCCACAACACCGUGGAGCCUCCGUGAUGCUGGCAAUGUAGAGCUAGUGAGGAAUGGCCUUGUUUAUUGGGCAUCUUCAGACCAAGACUAUAUCCCUGUACUAAACGCUGCAACAAUGCAGUUCUCUCAAAUUGACAUGCCGACUAAGAUUUCUGCUAGCUUAGGUGAGACCAACGAUGGGAAGCUCUGCUUGGUUCGCGUGUAUGGCCUUCUGAUUGAUGUUUGGGUCCCAAGAGCCGGCGAUGACGGCGUCGAUAAAUCGAUGCAGAACACGAAGAUUGAUGUUUGGGUCCCAAGAGCCGGCGAAGACGACGUCGAUAAAUCGAUGCAGAACACAACAUUUGAUAUGGUGGAUGCGAUUGGUCAUCUCGCUCUAAACAUCAUGGAUGAAUGUCCUUCGCUCAACGUCGUGGCUAUUAGGGGCGGCAUUGUGUAUCUCACAAUUCACCAGUUCGAGCCUCCUAGCUGGCUUCUGUCCUUCUGCAUUGAAACAGGUGAGCUGCAGAAGCUCUGCCGGAUCACUAGAUCCGAGUUCUACUAUCCCUACACCAUGGCCUGGCCACCCGCUUUGGUAGGCAACAAGGCAACCGGUUUAUCCAGUUAAAGUCUGAUUGAGCUGCCCGCAACUAUUAAGGCCAGAAUGAGAAGCAUAUGUUCCAUUCAACUGCAGAAGUUCUUUCAAACUACAUAUCUUGGCUGGUUAGAAAUCGGAAUUGCAAGUUUACUGUAGGUGCUACAGCAUGCUGUUCUUUGUUGAUCCACAAGGAGAAUCUGAACUAUCUUCAGCUAUAACUUGUAUCUGUUUGUGAAACUUCCUUAGAACUGUCAAGCGGCAAGCAACUAUGUAAUGAUACCAUGAUGUAAUGAAACAACGGAUGAUGAUGCUGAAGCUCUUUACUUCCGUC